UGCGAACUGCAAGCUGCAGGCUGCAGGAGAAGCGAGAAGCGUUGAUUGACCAAUCAGGAUAAAAAGAUUUCUUUGAGUUUUCACACACAGGACCAUAACCUAUCCCAUCCGUGUAAUAAUAACGACAUGAUACCGAUAUUUGAUUUAUCGCUAUCUUGUGAAAUAGAAGCUUAUCAAAGUUAUCUUCCCCAUUUGUUCGACGUGCUGACUAAUCGAUCAAUCGUAAAAUAUAAUAUAUAUAAUACACUGCUUGUCUUCCUCAUCAUUUUCCCAUAAAGCUCAUUAUAAUUACAUGAGCUGUGCAAUUAUAUAAUUUAUUUCUUUGUAAAGAGAGUUUUUCGUACACAUUUUAUAUAAAUUUGUACUAAAUGGAAGAAUAUUAUGAUCAUGCUGUACUUCGACGAAAAAUUAAAAUAUAUGACUGAAGUGUAUGUCUAUGUGACUUGAUGAAAAUAAUAUAGUGCAGCUUUAUCAUUGAAAUGUUUCGAUUAAUCUAAAGACUGGAAAAAAUCAGAUGAUCUUUAGACAUCUUAGAAAGAACUUUGAUUGUAGGGCAUUUGUAUGCACUAUCUGAACUGAAAGAUGAAACAGAUUUAUUAAUAAAAAAAAUGGCACAAGAGUCAAUUAAACUUUGCCAUAGAAAAUCUACACAUUUCAUGAAAGUCCCAUUAAAGUCAACCGAACAGAUAUAUCUAAUAUUCCUGAUACCAGCAUUAACCAAUUGUUUUAUAUACAUAAUUAAUUUUGCUGCUGACUUAGUGGUAGCUAUUCAACACUUUAAAGAAGAAAAUCUAUUAUGGGGAGCUUGCACUAUUGCAAUUAUGUAUGCCCCGGCACUUACAUAUUUUAUACUGACAAUUUCAAGACCAGAUUGGUGGAUGACAGAUGAUGACAAAGUAUCGAAAGGCAUUUUUAGAUGGUUUGCUCUUCAAGUGUUUCAGUUCAUUGGAUUUGUGUUUUUUGUAUUAUACAGAUAUGCAGGACUAAUUGUACUCUCAGUGGAUGCUAUAAAUUUAUUUGGAGAUGCAAGAGUUAAGACAUUAAACGUAGCCGCAGCACCAGCAGCCAUUGAGUUGUACUUCUUCCUACAAGCAUGGUUUCAAGCCGCUCCACAAGCUAUUUUUCAAACGCAUUUGCUUUUCAGACAGAGUUCUACGCCUCGCAGUUAUCAGUCUGUGUCUGUACAAGCGCUCUGCAUCGUUAUGUCCAUUGUAAUACUAGCCAUUGAAACAGCCUCUUUUCAAAGAUUCGAGAGCCAACGUGUAAAUGGCAGAAAACUACCUUGGGCGAUGUGGCUAAAGAAGUACUGCGUUGAGGAAUUGAACAAUAUAGAAGAAAAAGCGCCAUUACAAGCAUUACCUUUACCUGAAGGAAAGGAACAAGACAACGCCGCGUCGCACGAAUCAACAUCAUCGGAAAUCUCGCCGGAAGACCCAGCCAUUACCGAAAACGAAGGGCAGCACCAAAAUAAAUAUCAUGAAACUUCCUUGCAUCGCCAGAUUUCCGUGACUCCACCGUUACCACCGAAAAAUGCGCGCGUGACGCCACCGCCGACGCCGCUUCGCGGCAUCACAACAGUGACGCCGCUUCCAGUGCCGGACGUACCGGCGCCACCACGUCCAGAUUCCGUUUAUCGAGAAGAAGAAGCAGCGAAAGCAGCAUUGAUUCUUGAGUCAAAUCAAAGACUGAUAGAUAGCAGCGCACAGAGUCUAAAAGUUCCUAAACGUAAAUAUUCCGAAAAAGGUCUCGAGGAAGACGAUCCGAUUGGAAAAUUUCUAUCCUUUCUCUGGUGGUUUCUCUUCAUCCUGGCACGCGUGUUUGCCAUUACUGUAGCUUAUGAAUUCUAUCCAGCAUCUUUACUAGCUGUGCUAGGUGUGCAUUAUGCCAUUAUGUUGAUUUAUCUUUUUUAUUACUCGAAGUAUUACGACGCGAUCACGUUUAUUGUUAAUUUCUGGCUUGGCCUGGUCUACAUAUUCAGUCUGAUCGAAUACCGAAUCAAGUUUAAGUACGCCGACUGGUGGACAUUGCCAUACUAUGUAUUUGUGAUCGUCCAGAACUCGACGCUAACGCUGAUGUGGUACUUGAACAUCGAUUGGGACGGAUUUUGGUACACUUAUAUAUUCUAUACAAUUUUCGUCAGCAUGGCGCUCUGCGUUCUCUCAUCUCUAGUAUACCAUACGAUGUUUAAGCCAAAGAAAUGUAGAGUGUACAGCAGUUGACAGUUGCUAGAGAAGGUUAUGUUCUUUGGAUAAGUUCUAAAAAUCGUACUUCCACUCCUUUGCUUCUAUGCAAAGUAUAAAUAUACUUACAAAUUUUUUUCAAAUAUCGAUAGAUCUCAUCGAAAAAAAUUAAAUGAUGUUAAUAAGCACAAUAGAGAUUUUCUAUAAUUUAUUUACACCUUAACAGGGGUGUUUUUUGACUUUUAUUAAAGGUUUAGAUUUCUUUGCGUCCAGAUGUUGAAGAUAAUAUUUUAUGCAAAAAAAAAAUAUAUUUAUAAAAUGUAUAUUUAUAAGUAUACUAUAUAUUACAACUGUGACUGCAGUCAUACAUUAUUCAUAGAACAAUGAUCGAUAUAGGAAGACUGUUAGACAGUCACACUAUUUAUAGAUUGGUGCAAAAGAAAUUUAUCAAAAUAAAAUUA